GACUCUUCCGGGUUUGUCGUUGACCGGUGAGAGUUCACAGGGCGUACGGGGGUCGUGUUGUGCUUUUAGCUAAUAUUUGUUUUAGCUAGCUGGGACUCGUGAUGUUAUGGCUUUCCUGAGUUUGUUCAUGAGAAGGCAGUUGCCGCCGGCCGUGUCCCACUUUGUCCGGAACGUGAAGCUGGUCCGGCCUCCCUGCGCCGGAGCCCCGCUGCGGAGGCUGCACGGCUCGUCCCGGUUGCGGCUCGGAGACAAGGGACCGUGGGUGAAGAGCAGGGGGCCGGAGCAGCAGCAGUACCCGCUCACAGACCUCGACAAGGCGGACGCUUUGAUGCUGAGAAAGUCCCACGAGACAGGAUUCCUCUCGUGGUUCAGAAACGGUCUGCUAGCGACUGGGAUCGGAGUCAUCGCGUUUGUCCAGAGCGAAGUGGGACGAGAAGCAGGAUAUGCCUUUUUUAUCCUGGGAGGUGUGUGUGUGUCGUUUGGCGGUGCCUCGUACAUUGGCAGCCUUUUUACCUUGCGGAGGAUGAUGCUGCUAUCUGUGCCAGCGCUGCUGCUCCAGAGCGCCACAGUGUGCAGCGUCGCCCUCUUCUGGCUCUGUGCGGUAUCUCUCUACAUCGGCCGCCUGGAGGUGGAGAUCAUCCACGAGGGGGAGGAGGGAGAGGAUGAGGAUGAGUGCCGGGAGUGCCGCGAGAGGCGCGAACACCGGGGUUACCGUGGCUCCCACAACAGCAGACAUCACGACAGUGAGGACAGUGAUGGCAAGGGGCCGAACAAGUAGACACCUAGUAAGCGAUCUUGGAUGGAAAGGACGUAUGUGUGGCUUUGAUUCAGGGCUUCCCCAUUUGUAUGUCUGUAUGCAUAUGUUUGUGUGUGUGCACACGCGUGCAAGCAGCCUACAUGUUCAUGUGUAGGCUGUGAGUCUAUAAUGAUAGACUUAUUGUUUAUUGUUCUGUUGAUGUAAAAAGGAUUGUUUUGCUGAAGAACUUUUAGAUCUUUUGGAAAACUGGUCAGAAAAUGCUGAGGAUUUGGUAGUUUGACUACAUUCACUUUUGGUGAAUAAAUCAGCCUUUUUGUAAGGUUUCUUAGAUAUAUUCAAAGCUGCUUCACUUACAUUUUCAAACUGUGAAAAUGGUAUUGACUUAUCAGGCACACUGCAAAGACUUACUGAGUAUCUGUUAAUAUUCGUUUAGUUUUCACUGCUGUCUGCAAUCAUUUUAGACCAUUUAUCUUGUUCAACAUAAACUGAUUGACUUGAAGUUUUCUUAAAAGACUUGGAAAUAAAACAAGAUGGUUGUGAAAUCAUAGAAAGAAUGGUCAAACUAUGUGCUUCAGGUUUGUGUUUUUUUUUU